CGUUCAGUCAGUCCACAGGAGCUAUGGUGCGCGCACACACACAUGCUCUCACACACCCUCUCUCUCUCGCUCACUCUCUCACACACACACACAGACAUACACACACACUCACUCACACUCGCUCAGUCACUCACUCACUCAGAGGCGCGCGCUCAACUCACCGCACUCUCCCUCGUUCUCACUCACUCGCUCGCUCACACUUUCACUGACUGACUUUUUUUUCUGCGCGCGGAUCUAAGCCAUGAAUGAGCGCGUGUGAGAGUUAAACGGACUUUUUGACUUCUUUUUGGCUUUUUGAUCUCCAGCGCGAGAGGAGUAGCGGUGGGGGUCAGUCCGGGACACAGCGCCCGGUCCCAGGGUGCUGAGAGCCAGAGACCCGGAGGGCUGGAGUUCGAGUCCGGGAAGUACGGCCUCGCCAUGUCCAAGAGUGGCGAGCACGUGAAGCGGCCCAUGAACGCCUUCAUGGUGUGGUCCAGGGCUCAGCGGCGCAAGAUGGCCCAGGAGAACCCCAAGAUGCACAACUCGGAGAUCAGCAAGCGCCUGGGAGCCGAGUGGAAGCUGCUGACCGAGGCCGAAAAGAGGCCCUUCAUCGACGAGGCGAAGCGUCUGCGGGCGCUGCACAUGAAGGAGCACCCCGACUACAAGUACCGGCCGCGCCGCAAACCCAAGACUCUGCUGAAGAAGGAGGGAAAGUUUGCAUUUCCUGUUCCGUACGGCUUGGCGGAGCACGAGGCCGCUCUGAAGGUGGGUGCCGGGCUUGGAUCCUUUCCGAGUGCCGCCCUGUCCGAGCCGUUCCUGACUUCGCCGGACAAGGCCGCCGCUGCCGCUGCUGCUGCCGCCGCCAGAGUGUUCCUGAACCCCUCCAUCCCGGCACAUCCCUACUCUUUCCUGGAGCUGGGCUCCAAAAUGCCAGAACUGUCAACGCCCUCGCUGCCCUACGCCUCGCCGCCACUGGGCUACCCGGGGUUCUCUGGCACGGGGGCACACACGCACUCACACCCGUCACCGGGAAACCCGGGCUACAUGAUUCCGUGUGGCUGCGCAGCGUGGCCUUCCGCCGGACUGCAGCCGCCACUAGCCUACAUCCUGCUUCCCGGCAUGGGCAAACCCCCGCUGGACCCCUACCCCGCUUAUGCUGCCGCACUCUGACCUCUGACCCCCGGUCGGGAGAUGGAAAGAAGAUGUGGCUGCUUACGAGACAUUUGACAUUUGUUUGAAUGUGUGAAUGAAUAUGAGUGUGUGUGUGUGAUGUGAGAGACAGCCAGAGAGACGGACGUUGAAGGCCUUUGUGUGUACUAUGGUGAAGGUGAAGCCCGUCCGGGUGUCUUUCUUUGCGGCAACAGAGCCGGACUGAUCCCUGUGUAAAUGUGUACAGACUCCCGCGCACUGCGUCCCGCAGUGGGUGGGUGAGGGACAGGUUUGGACCUUCCAAUCACUGUUUCAUAGAUGUGUGUGAUAUUUAUUGUUCAGUGCAGACACUAAUUAUUAUUAUUAUUAUUAUUAUUAUUACUGUUACUUCUUAUCGCUGAGCGGAAGACGGACUGCGCUGACGAAGAAGAACGUCAUGAACUGCUUAUGAGAGUGUGAAUGUCUCACACACACAUUUAUAUAUACACACACACACACACUUAAAUGCACACAUGCAUAAACACAUAGACACAUGCACACACAACAUGCUUGUGAAUGCAGGUGAAUGAAUGCAGGUGUGAUCCUCUCUUCACACACUUCACACUCUUCACUUUCUUCAUCCUCAUCAACAUUGAACUCCGCUGAUGAACUCUUUGAACAGACUAUUCCAGACUCUGUGUCUGUGUGUGUGUGUAUAUAUAUGUGUGUGUGUGUAUGUAUGUAUGUGUGUACGCUGUUUCUCUCUGCAGCCUGGCUGCAGCUCUAAUAAAGCGUGUGAACACACA